AUGAGCAAAUUUGGAGUCCUCGUGAUGGGCCCUGCCGGUGCAGGCAAGACCACCUUCUGUUCAGCCCUCAUAACUCAUCUUCGAAACAAUCGUCGAUCAUGCUUCUACGUGAACCUCGACCCGGCGGCCGAAGAAUUCGUGCACGAGCCCGACCUCGACAUCAAAGACCUGAUUUCCCUCGAAGAUGUCAUGGAAGAAAUGGGCCUUGGACCGAAUGGCGGUCUGAUAUACUGCUUCGAAUUCCUCCUCGAGAAUCUAGACUUCAUUACUGAGGCUAUCGACCCUCUGACGGAAGAAUACCUGAUCAUAAUCGAUAUGCCCGGGCAAAUCGAACUCUAUACACAUAUCCCGAUCUUGCCUGCGUUGGUUAGACAUUUGACGAGAACUGGUGCAUUGAAUGUCAAUCUCUGUGCAGCGUACCUACUCGAGGCUACAUUUGUGGUUGAUAGAGCAAAGUUCUUUGCUGGGACAUUGAGUGCUAUGAGUGCUAUGAUCAUGCUCGAGGUCCCGCACGUCAAUAUAUUGUCCAAGAUGGAUCUUGUGAAAGGGCAAGUGGGAAAGAGAGAACUGAAGCGUUUCUUAGAUCCGGAUACUUCAUUGCUAGAUGAUGACCCUGUGGAAGGGGAAGAAGAUGACGGAAGUGGAGCUCCCGGAGAUGCGCAGACAUUGAUGAGAGGAGCAAGCUUUAAGAGGCUGAAUAGGGCUGUGGCAGGGUUGAUCGAUAGCUUCAGUAUGGUCUCCUACCUGAAAUUGGACGUACAAGAUGAGGAUAGCGUGGGUGGGAUAUUGAGCUACAUCGACGAUGCGAUUCAAUUCCACGAGUCCCAAGAACCGAAGGAGCCAAACGACGAAAUUGACAUGGAGUAUGGUGAAGAUGGAUUGGAGUGA